ACUAAGAAGGCAAGCGAAAUUUGUCGAAACUGACCAGACAUAUUUGUUUUUGUGGGAAACAGACGCGCCAUCGAAUGAGAAUACGCGCGCAUAACUCAACGUGAAGCGACAGCAGACAAGCAUAAAUUAUAUACGAAAUAUUGUGAAAACUUUUGCAAAUCGACAACUACAAUGGAUGACUCACGCGAGGAAAGCCAAUUUAUUGUGGAUGAUGUGAGCAAAACAAUUAAAGAGGCAAUCGAGUCGACUAUCGGAGGCAAUGCGUACCAGCACGAUAAGGUUAACAACUGGACCGGCCAGGUGGUUGAGAAUUGCCUGACUGUGCUGACCAAGGAGCAGAAGCCAUACAAAUACAUUGUCACCGCCAUGAUUAUGCAAAAGAAUGGCGCCGGCUUGCAUACGGCCAGCUCCUGCUAUUGGAACAACGAUACCGACGGCAGCUGCACAGUGCGCUGGGAGAAUAAGACCAUGUACUGCAUUGUUUCCGUUUUCGGCCUGGCUGUCUAGGCCAAAAAUCAAGAACACAUCAAAAAUCACUUACAACAUCAAUGGGGGAGGGAUUAACAAGAUUGCCUUGCAUUUGUUUUGCGUCUGGACACAGAGCCAAAAUCAGUUUACUUAACUCUGCUAAAAUACUUCAGCGAACUGUUUGUUCAAACCACAUAUAACAAGGAAUCUAACCAAUCUAUAUCAAGUUACAACGACGAGCCAAGCAUUGUCGAAUUCUAAGAAUGCAACAAACACAUACAGCAAAAUUUCCAAUUAUUUAGCAAAAUGAAAUGUAUUUGUAUUAUUUUCUCGAGUUCUGAAUAACAAAAACUGCACGCAAGUGUUAGAU